AGAAUUUAUUUUUAUUAUUAUAAAACUUCAUAAUAUUCGUCUUCUUUAAAUUAAAACCACAACACUCUCUCCUUUUCAUAAUAAUCCUCAGCUCUUUACUUAUCAUUUAGUCAGAAUGAAUCCAUCCGAUCAAAAUCAACCUCCAGUCGUAGUGGAGAAACCUUCACAGGGAACGUACACAAGUCCACCACCGAUUGGUUAUCCGACCAGAGACACGGUGGCGGGUGAUCCUCCGGCAGCCACAGUGGAGACCAAGUCCAAGGGCGAUGGGUUUUGGAAAGGAUGUUGUGCUGCCAUAUGCUGCUGCUGUGUCCUGGAUGCAUGCUUCUGAGACUUCGGGAUUACCGAUUUCAUCCAAAUAUAUUGUUGUAAUAAGAAAAACUCGAUGAUUAUGUUGCUUUAUUAAUUACUCUCUGUCUGCUAUGUGUUGUUGACUUGUUGUUGUUAUGUUUUACAAGUGAUUAUAUAUAUUUAAGUGAAUUAUGAUCAGUUCAUCGCACCAUCAAUUAAUAACGAAGGGAUGUGUUUCGA